UAUUAUUCUCGGUGUAGUUUUUAGCAACUACAUCCAACAUGGCGGUCCGCAGGCUCGCAUGUUUGGGGUUAAACGUCCUUCAAGGCUCUGUCUGUGCCCCAAAAGCGGCCCUAAGGAGCUGCUGGAGUGUGGUGGAACAAACUCGAGGCUACUAUGUGAACUGGCGGAUGCUGAGAGACGUGAAAAGGAGGCAAAUGGCUUUUGACUAUGCUGACGAGAGACUGCGGAUUAAUUCACUGAGGAAGAACACCAUCCUGCCUAAGGAGCUGCAGGAGGUUGCAGACAAGGAGAUCGCCUCUUUGCCCCGAGACAGCUGUCCUGUCAGGAUCCGUAAUCGCUGUGUGAUGACGUCCCGUCCACGUGGAGUGAAGCGGAGGUGGAGACUCAGUCGCAUUGUUUUCCGUGACUUGGCGGACCACAACCAGAUGUCGGGGAUAAUAAGGGCGAGGUGGUAAUGGAGGAAGAAACGUGACAACGCAGCUUCCCUCAGUUUUCACCAGAGACUUUAUUUUUUGCCGUCUAAAUAAUUAAAGAUUUGUUUGUAAUUUCAUUUUUAGACCGGCUGAUUGUUGUGCUACUUGUGUAAAGUGCUUAAAUAAAAAUUGUGAAAGGA